AAGUCCCGCCCUUGCCGCGCAGCGGACGUCGCCGCCGCCGCCGCCGCCGCGUACCUGGCCCAGUCCGGGAGAGGCGGGUGGGUGAGGGCCUCGGCUUGCCUUUGCCCCUGUUUCGACCGUGCGAGAGCUGAUUGCGGAGCUGCCAUGAUUGAAGUGGUAGCAGAGCUGAGCCGGGGUCCUGUAUUUCUGGCGGGGGAGGCGCUGGAGUGUGUGGUGACCGUCAGCAAUCCUCUGCCCCCCACAGCCACUUCUGCAUCCAGUGAGGCUCUGGCCUGGGCCAGUGCACAGAUCCACUGCCAGUUCCAUGCCAGUGAGAACCGAGUAGCACUGCCUCCCCCUGACUCUAGUCAGCCAGAUGUCCAGCCUGACAGCCAGACUGUCUUUCUGCCACAUCGAGGUGAGAAGGGUCAGUGUAUCCUUUCUACUCCACCAAAAAUUCUAUUCUGUGACCUGAGGCUAGACCCUGGAGAGUCCAAAUCAUACUCCUAUAGUGAAGUGCUGCCCAUAGAAGGACCACCUUCUUUUCGGGGACAGUCAGUCAAGUAUGUCUACAAACUGACCAUUGGCUGCCAGCGUGUCAACUCACCCAUCACUUUACUCAGAGUCCCUCUGAGGGUUCUAGUGCUGACUGGCCUUCAAGAAGUCUGGUUUCCCCAGGAUGAGGCUGUAGCCCCAUCCAGUCCAUUCUUGGAGGAGGAUGAAGGUGGGAAGAAGGACUCAUGGCUGGCUGAGCUGGCUGGGGAGCGCCUCAUGGCUGCCACAUCCUGCCGUAGCCUCCAUCUAUACAAUAUCAGUGAUGGCCGAGGGAAAGUUGGGACAUUUGGCAUCUUCAAAUCUGUGUACAGACUUGGCGAGGACGUGGUGGGAACCUUAAACUUAGGGGAAGGAACUGUAGCUUGUUUGCAGUUUUCGGUAAGCUUACAGACGGAGGAACGUGUACAGCCUGAGUACCAGCGGCGCCGUGGGGCAGGGGGUGUCCCCUCUGUGUCCCAUGUGACUCAUGCCCGGCACCAGGAGUCCUGCCUACAUACAACCAGAACCAGCUUCUCCCUCCCCAUCCCUCUCAGCUCCACCCCAGGCUUCUGCACAGCCAUUGUGUCCCUGAAAUGGCGAUUACAUUUUGAAUUUGUAACAUCCCGAGAACCGGGAUUGGUACUCCUACCCUCUAUGGAACAGCCCGAACCUGCCACCUGGACAGGUCCUGAGCAAGUGCCUGUUGACACUUUCAGCUGGGACCUCCCUAUCAAGGUGCUGCCUACAAGCCCCACCCUGGCUUCAUAUGCCGCUCCAGGCCCCAGCACCAGCACCAUAACCAUCUGAACCGGCCCACUUACCCAUCCUGGUGCUGGUCUCUUCAGGAUGCUGAGAACGCAGCACCUGGACUCGAGUAGGACCUGCUUUUUCCACCUGAGGCCCAAUGGCAUGGACAAUGAAAGGCAGGCGUUCAGCUGUAGCAUUAAUUUAUUUAUUCAGAAUAAAUUGGCAGCUGCUAGUGGUUUCCCUGGAAGUGGCAGCAGCAGUGAGCAGUCAGCAGACGGGUGAUGAGUUCACUUUAGCUGGAGUGGGGAGCAGGAGCCCCAGGAACGGGGGUGUUGGCUGAGCCCCACUCUGGGUCAGGCCCUCCCCCUUUGCAGGGCAGCCGAGGGUCAGAUUUUUGCACCAGGGAGAAGUGGCAGGUUCCUGCUUCCUGACGUACCUCACACCCAGCGGGGAAGUCAAUGGGGUGCUGGGACCUGGGAACCAAGGAUGGGAGGGAGUCAGCACAGUGAAAGGCCACGUUUAUCUCUCCCCCAUUUGCCUCUCUCACAGCCUCCCUCCCAUAUUAUUCUUGAGUGCCCCACUGAUUGCCCUAAGAUCUCACCUACCAUAUAUGGACUUUUUUGUUUCAUAACUGGAGCAUUUUCUCUCCGGGUCUAUCCUAACCUCCCCCACUUUGUAGCCUAAAGUCUUAUCUGUCACACUCUUGUUGGCACCCUCAGAUUUGGCCAGUCUUAUUCUGCUCUUCUGUUCAUUCUCAUAUCACAGCAAUCUAGUUACUCCCUGGCCAUCCAUCAGUCACUUGUAUCAGAGUCAUUCCCUGUGGCCAUACUUAGUCACUCACGUGUCACAGCAGCCCACACCAACAGGAUGCAGACAGGUGCAGUGGAAGCAGUCCUUGCGGAGCCAAGACUCACCCAGGGUGAAAUAUUUCCCCUCAUAGUGACAGGGGGCUAGGGAAGAACGGGAAAUGUUAUUAGUGGGUGUGAAAGUGGUGGCGACAGGCAGAGUCUUCUCUGAUCUGGAGUGGGAGAGAGUAAGUGCACACUGCCCCCAUAUUUAGUUUUCUGUUUCACAGCUGGAGGGAGUCUGGGUAUUCUGACACGGGGUCCUCCCUAAGCCUCCCUCCUCCCAACACCCUCUCUGUUCCUCAUCCUUUCCUAAUUCCUUACCCCACGUUACCUUGAGCUUGGAAGUAGCACUUGCUAUGGACUCCUGGGUGCUGGAGGAGUAGAGACAUCACCAAGCAGAUGAUCCCCCAGCCUCCUAGGAUCCCCUUGGCCUGUCCAGACCAGAGCAUCCUUAGGGCCAUUUCUGUUGCACAACCCUCUUGGGCCCUUCUUGACUUCUGUUCAGGCUACUCUGGUCUUGAGUCCUUGACUUUGCUUUGCUCCUCUAGUCUUACUUUCUCUUUCUCCCUUGGGCUCCUGUCUCACACUAUCUCCCUGCCCUCUGCUCUCACAGGCUGGAGAUGUUUAUAAAGUGAGGACCCUGGCCCCCUGCUGAGUAGAGCUGGAAAAGCUAUAACUCUGUUUCCUGAGGUGAGGGCAUGAAAACAAGAGGUCUAGCUUUAA